AUGACUAUGGCCGGGAUAGAAGCCAACGUAUACAAUUCGGAUAAAAUUUAUGAAGAAGUAGAAGAAAUUGAAGCAGCAGUAGGAACAUCACUAAACUCAAAGGAGAGAUAUAGGAAGGAAUGGUGCGAUCUUUUGAAAUGCUUGUCUAAAAAUCCGGAGCAAAUUCGAGAGCAGGCAUUUGAUGGCGCAUUGCAAUAUUCAAAAUUUCGUAGUGUGUUUUGGUCUAUCCUGCUGAGAGUUCUAAGUGAGGAUCAUACUUCUUGGAGCCUCGAAAAAGUAAAACAGAGGCAAAGGUACGAAAAAUUAAAAAAAGAAUUUGCCAAAAACCCCCAUCAUACAGGUCAGAAUUUGAAAAAUGUGGAUGACGAUCCGUUGUCGCAGUCAUCAAAGAGUAUUUGGAAUCAGUACUUCAGUGAUCAAGAACUACUUGCUAUAAUCCGCCAAGAUGUGGUUAGGACUUUUCCUGGAGUGGAUUUUUUUCGUAAACCGUCGAUUCAAAAUAUAAUGAGCAAUAUCCUUUUUUAUUACGCCCGAGACCAUCCAUACAUGUCUUACCUUCAAGGAAUGCACGAAAUCCUAGCACCAAUUCUAUUUGUCAUGUACGGAGAUCAUCAGAGUUUUUUACAUUUCAAGGAAAUCGCUAAUGACUCGGAUAUAGAUGAAACAUUGAUGGAAGUAAUGAAUCCUUCAUAUUUAGAAGCAGAUUCGUAUUUCGUAUUUUCUCGUGUCAUGGCGUCUAUUGAGUCGUACUAUCGUGUACGUGGCCCCAUUCCAACAACAAAUGAAAAUGAUGGCAUUUCUUCAGAUGCAGAGGUAUGUAAAACAUCUUCAUAUGCCUCAGAAAUAGAAAUAAUAAGUCAAUUAAACUUUAUCAGAGACAAAAUUUUAGCCAAAGAGGAUUUGCACCUACACAAUUAUUUAAUCAAGUUGGAUAUUCCGUUGCAUAUAUUUGGAAUACGAUGGUUACGGCUGUUAUUUGGUCGGGAAUUUGCAUUGCUAGAUCUGCUUGUUUUGUGGGAUGCAAUUUUCGCAGAUAGCGAUCAUUUUGAUUUGCCGAACUACAUACUUGUUGCCAUGCUUAUUAGAAUACGGGAUAAAUUGUUGCUAAGCGACUACACUACUUGCCUCACAUUCUUAAUGCGUUAUCCACAAAAUGUAGAUAUCAAUCUGAUCCUGAGACAUGCCUUGCAUAUGAAAAUUCCCAAGAAAUACGAUAGACCGUCAAAUGCAUUCGUAUAUUUCACAAUGCCAGGUAAUGUGCGUCAUACUGCCUCCAAAAAGGAUAAAAAGGAGCCACGUGGACUCCACGCAGCAGAAAAAAGUUCAUUGGAAAAGCACGUAACCGCAAUACAGGAACGGAACGCAGCAGAAGAAGCCUUAUUUGCUAAACUUAGAUCAGUGUCGGAGGACAGCAAUUAUGCCACAAUGGCCAUGGACGGCUAUAAAGACAAUAACAUUGAAUUAAUGCGGCUAGAAUUAAGGAAUGUGCAGACGGUUGUAACGGUGGCUCGUACAAAGCUGAGAUCUUAUUUGGAAACGAUACGGAAAUGUACUCCCCCACAGUCACCACCAGAAAUGAUGGCCGCGUUAGAUGAUAUUGAGGAAUUGUGCAAAUUUUUAGAUAUAAAAUUUGAGUUUCCUUUCCGUACUCGACAUAGCCCAAUAGAUCAAGCUAUGGAAGCCAAUGAGCAUCAGGACCGGCGGAAAAACGUAAAGACUGAUGAACGAAAUCCAACCAUCUACAAUUUUGUACACACAACACAAAUCAGCGAUAUAAGUCAUACUAUAUACGAGAGACCUGACAAUGACUUUACUCAAAAAUCUUCCAAGAUUUUAGGAACAGAAAAAGAAUUUGAAUUGGUUCCAAUUAUAUCGGAUCAGAAGAAUAUAAAAGAACAUAGUUCCAGCAAAAAGUGUGGUAUCGGGAAUGGUUUACCCAAUGCCGAUCCUCUAAGCCUGAAGCAUGACUGA